CUCAUCUAGCCCCUCAAAAUAUGAACAUUAAAUCUAUAAGGAAAAAGCUUUUAUUCCCUCCAUAUUAUUCCCAUUUUUAUCCCUCCCUCCCAUACAUUUAAUCAGUUGUUCCUUCCCUAUUGUUCCCUAUUCAUAAUAGCUUCGAUCAUAGCAUAAUAGAUCCCCGAGUUCCUCCGGUCCUCCCUUAGGUUCCUCCGUGAUAAGUCAAUGCCCUUGACGUUCUUGCUGUCAUGUGGUUAUCUGUCAAUUCUCCUGUCAUAAUUUUCAUUGAAAGAAUUUUUUAGAAAUUGCUCGGAUUUUUGCAAAUAAAUUAUUAAUAAAAUGGCCAAGAAAACUUACGACUUGUUGUUCAAACUUCUCCUAAUUGGUGACUCUGGUGUUGGCAAAACGUGUAUACUAUUUAGGUUUUCAGAUAACCACUUUACUACGACAUUUAUUUCAACUAUUGGAAUAGAUUUUAAAAUUAAAACUGUGGAGCUGCGCGGCAAGAAGAUCAAACUGCAGAUUUGGGACACGGCGGGCCAGGAGCGCUUCCACACCAUCACCACGUCGUACUACCGCGGUGCCAUGGGCAUCAUGCUGGUGUACGACAUCACCAACGAGAAGACGUUUGACGAUAUCGUCAAGUGGCUAAGAAACAUAGAUGAGCAUGCCAAUGAAGAUGUGGAAAAAAUGAUCCUGGGCAAUAAGUGUGACAUGGAGGAGAAACGAGUUGUUAGUAAAGAGAGGGGAGAAGCUAUAGCGCGCGAGCACGGCAUCCGCUUCAUGGAGACGUCGGCCAAGUCCAACAUCAACAUCGACCGCGCCUUCUCCGAGCUGGCCGAGGCCAUCCUCGACAAGUCGGCGGGGCGCGAGGCGGACGCCGACCACGCGCGCAUCGCCGUGGAGCGCCGGCCGUCGCGCGCGCCGCCCGCGCGCGCCUGCUGCUCCUAGGCCGCCUAUACGUGUUCUUAAGCCGCGACAGAUAGGUAUGACUCAUUCGGCUGACAUCCAGCGGGCUAGAAUUCUAUCGGACGUGCGAGCGCUCAAGGACGGCCUAAGGUCACGUCCGCUCCUUACGGCCGAUAGUUUGCACAGUUCUCUGUACAUUAUACCAUCCAAUACCUAUAAGUCGCAGUCGUAAUUGGUUUCCGCCUUUACCCUCUGACUUCUAUAGAGUAUACCUUGACUUUGCUCGAACAAGCUACACUUCUCCAUACUAAGUUACGAUUAUGGCCGAUUCACACCAAUUGCGUAUGGAGCACUUACACGUGACUCGUGCGUAGUGACGCGCGUGAACCCAUAGACGUAACUGCACGCAUUACGUCU